AUGGAGGACUGCGGGAACAGGGACUGUUUGUUCGUGCUAGAGGUUAAAGUCCAAGGUUUUGCUUUCAAGGACUCUGAUGGUAGAGAAUCAUACGGCAAAGGCUGUUUACCCACUUUAUGGUUCUUUGACAAAAGACUGCAUGAGGAUGUCAGACUAGUUAGUGAGAUUCAAAUGCUUGAUAUCUUUGAAAUGUAUAAGGAAGAAAUGAGUUGUCAGAUUAUAGUGGGAGCAUUUGAUAAGUCGGUUUGUUCAGCAGCUGAAUUUGAUGAACUGCAGCCUCUGUGUGUGCUGCCCAACAAUGACUUUACCAUACCCAACGAACCAAGUAGUGCUGCUCCUGAAAUUUCAGAGGCAGCUGUUGAGUUAGAGGCUCCUGAAAAACUAGAGGUAGCUGCUGACCUAGAGCCUGACAAGGAGCCUGAUAUCUUUGAUAAUCCAGAAGAGUAUGUUGGCAUUGACGAUGAGCAAAUUUAUACUGCUGUUCCAGAUGCACAGCCAGUCCAUCAUACACAUAAUUUUGCUGAUGGUCAACCUUGUGAUGAAAAUACUUUUACACAUGCUAAUGAUGAUGAAGUUGAUGAUGCAGACCCUUUGGAGGUGCAUGUACUCCAUGAUGCUGAGAAUCCAAACAUAGUGAGGGGGGCACUUUUUCCUGAUAUCAUUGCAUUCAUGAAAGCAAUCAGACAUCACGCUGUGAAGACUGGAUUUGAGUUUGCUGGAGUAAAAACAGACAAGACUAGAUUUAUAGCACACUGUGCUGCAAAGGGUUGUCCUUGGCGCAUACAUGCAUCCACAAUUUUUGAUAAAAAGACAAUAAAGAUAAAAGUGCUCCCUGCAGAGCACAAUUGUGCUACCACCAAGCUUAGAGAAGGAAAAAUGGCAAGUCAGGGUUGGUGCACAGACAUGCUCUCAGAUUGGGUAAAAAAGAAUCCAAACAAGGGUCCAAAGGAUGCCAAAGAGAAAUUGGAGGGUGACUAUGGAAUAAAGUUGAAGUACUCCAAAGUUUGGUCAGGUUUGCAAGUUGCUCUAGACCAGAUUCAUGGUUCUUAUGAGGACAGUUUUCAGCUUCUAUUCAAUUGGGCUGCACAAUUGGAAAUAAGUUCUCCUGGUAGCAUUUUACAAAUAGAAUUAGACAAAGUAGGUGAACAGAAUUGGUUCAAAAGGAUAUUUGUUGCACUGAAGCCCUGCAUUGAUGGGCUUUUGGCUGGCUGCAGACCAUUUAUUGGUUUAGAUGCUUCUAAUUUGAAUGGGAAGUACCUUGGGCAGCUGGCCACAGCUACUGGGGUUGAUGGUCAUAAUUGGUUGUACCAUAUUGCUUAUGGUGUUUUUGACAUAGAAAAUGAAGACAACUGGAAGUGGUUCAUCCAGAAUUUGCACAAAGCUGUGGGAGACCCUCCAGGAUUAGUCAUUUGUUCAGAUGCAUGUAAAGGUUUGGAAAAAGCUGUGGGAGCUGUCUACCCACAAGCUGAGAAUAGAGAGUGCAUGAGGCACUUGUACCAAAAUUUCAUGAAGCACUACUCAGGUGAUGUGUUCACUGACCAUCUGUACCCAGCUGCAAGGAGCUACACAGAAGGUAUGUUCAAAUGGCAUAUGAAGAAGAUUUAUGAGUUUGAUCCUGAAGCAAUUGAUUACCUCCAGCAACACCAUGGGAGGAUUUGGUACAGAUGUGGGUUCUCAGAGCUUAGCAAGUGUGAUUACCUAACCAACAAUGUGUCUGAAAGUUUCAAUGCACAAAUUAAAAAGCUGAAGGGACUUCAUCUCCAUGAGUUGGUUGACAGGCUGAGGGAACUUAUAAUGGAGAAGAGGUACCUUAGGAAGAAGAUUGCAAGGCAGUGGCAGGAUGGCAUCCUCCCAGGUGUAAUGAAGGAUCUGAAUGUCAUUAGCAACAAUUUGAAAGUAGUCAAGGUUGUGGCUUGUGAUGAUGGCAUUGCAGAGGUCACCAUUUUGGAUGACUGGAAUAACCAUAGAAGGCACACAGUGGAUCUUGAAAACCAUAAUUGUUCAUGCAGGGAAUGGCAAAUAAUUGGUAAGCCUUGCAAGCAUGCACUGGCAUGGAUUUGCUCUAAUAGAGGACUCCAAAUUUCUGACUAUGUCCAUGAGUACUACUCUGUUGCAAAGUUUAGAGCUGCAUAUGAAGGGAGAGUGGAACCUAUGCCAGACACGUCCAGCUGGCCUCAUUUUGAGUUGGGUUUCAAAGUUUACCCACCAAUACUGGGAAGAAGACCAGGCAGACGUAAAGUUCAAAGGAUAAGAGGUUGCCUAGAAAAAAAUAGCACAAAGAAGCAAGUGAAAUGUCACAGGUGUGGAGCUUUCGGCCACAUUGCCAAGACCUGCAAGGAGCCAGAGCUUGGACAAAAUGGUGAGACUGCUGCACCAAAUGCUGAGACUUCUGCUCCAAAUAAAAGGAAGAAGCCAGUUGGAGAAGAAGCUGGACCAUCCAAAGUUAAGAAGAAGGCUGCAGUUAAGAAAAAGAAGAAGACACCAGUGAAGAAGAAAAUGAAAAGGAAAGCAGCAGCUCCACCGGCACAUGUUGCUAGAAGCCUCUUAGAUAUGAUUAAUGGUGGGCAGUGACUUUGUUUGUUAAAGCAGUGCUUUUGUCAUCAACUGAUCUGUGAUGGUUGAAACAAAACUGAUCUCUGAUGGAUGAAAUUUGAUAUGUAAUGGCCUUAGAUAUUAGCUGAGAAUUUGUCAUUUUGUCUGUCAAAACUAAUCUGUGAUGGAUGAAAUUUGAUAUGUAAUG